AUGUCAUCAAAUAGAACUAUUUACUCAGAAAGACUAUUCUCAACUACUGGUAGAGUUCUUUCAAGAGAUGAUUACCGUGCCUACAACCAAUUACCAUUCCAAUCAUAG